ACUACAUUUCCCAGAAGCCUCGUGGGCUUCGCGUUGUUUUUUUCCUGCUCUCAGGCCGCUGGACCACUCAAGCCUGCGACUGCUAGGGAGUCUGCGUGUUCGCCCGGCCCGCCUGGCAGAGCCGAACGAGGGAGAUGGUCCCCGCCCCGCCACUCGCCGCUUGAGGAGGGGCCGCGCUGGCAGGGUGGCAGGCCAGCCGCGGCGCGGGGCGCCGGCCAGAAGGGGUGCAUUGUCGUCCUGUCCUGCUGCUGAAUGUCGGUUCCCGAGGAUGAGGAGAGGCUUUUGCCGCUCGCCCAGAGAUGGCCCCGAGCGAGCAAGUUCCUGCUGUCGGGCUGCGCGGCUACGGUGGCGGAGCUAGCAACCUUUCCUCUCGAUCUUACAAAAACUCGACUCCAAAUGCAAGGAGAAGCUGCCCUUGCUCGGUUGGGAGACAGUGCAAGAGAAUCUGCUCCCUAUAGGGGCAUGGUGCGCACAGCCCUAGGGAUUGUCCAAGAGGAAGGCUUUCUAAAGCUUUGGCAAGGAGUGACACCCGCCAUUUACAGACACAUAGUGUACUCUGGAGGUCGAAUGGUCACAUACGAACAUCUCCGUGAAGUUGUGUUUGGCAAAACUGAAGAUAAGCAUUAUCCCCUUUGGAAAUCAGUGAUUGGAGGGAUGAUGGCUGGUGUUGUUGGCCAAUUUUUAGCCAACCCAACAGACCUAGUAAAGGUUCAGAUGCAAAUGGAAGGAAAAAGGAAACUUGAAGGAAAACCGCUGCGAUUUCGUGGUGUGCAUCAUGCAUUUGCAAAAAUCUUAGCUGAAGGAGGAGUACGUGGGCUUUGGGCAGGCUGGGUACCCAAUAUACAAAGAGCGGCGCUGGUGAAUAUGGGAGAUUUAACCACUUACGAUACAGUGAAACACUACUUGGUAUUGAAUACACCACUUGAGGACAAUAUCAUGACUCAUGGUUUAUCAAGUUUUUGUUCUGGACUGGUAGCUUCUAUUCUGGGAACACCAGCUGAUGUCAUCAAAAGCCGAAUAAUGAAUCAACCACGAGAUAAACAAGGAAGGGGACUUUUGUAUAAAUCAUCAACUGACUGCUUGAUACAGGCUGUUCAAGGAGAAGGAUUCAUGAGUCUAUAUAAAGGCUUUUUACCAUCUUGGCUGCGAAUGACCCCUUGGUCACUGGUGUUCUGGCUUACUUAUGAAAAAAUCAGAGAGAUGAGUGGAGUCAGUCCAUUUUAAGCCCUUAAAGAUGCAGCCCUUAAAGAUACAGUGUUCAGUGUCAUUGAAAUAUGGGCAUCUGCAACACACCGCCCCUAUUAUUUCUACCUCUUUAGGAAGACACCUUACUCCACAGAGACUGUGAUUUAUAGGGGGCAGCACUUUAUUUUUCUCUGGAAACCCGAGUUCUCUUUGACUCCUCUUUUUGUUCAAAAGCAAUCUGGUUGGAUCACACAAGAUGAGACCCAGCACAGCAUUUUCUAGACAAGAGUUGAAUCCUGACCACUUACCUUGGGGGAGAAGACUUGACCUUUGAGAUGCUAUUCUAUGCUGAAGAGCCUGCUUAGAGGAGUGCCAGAGGGAGACAGCAUCUCAGACCUGGAGUAAACAACAGGAACGUGGGAGAAUUCAUACAUACAUUGUGAUUAAGAAAUAUAUAUUUAAUCUAUGUCAGUAUUUACAAUUGAAAUUUGAUAAUUCACUUUUCUGUUGUUCGAGUAUACAUACUGUAAAUUAAAUGAAGGUGAAUGCAAAUUCAUGAAUAAACAUUUUGAAUUUCCCUAG